GAUUGUCAAGUCAACAUAACCUUGUAAAUGUUGUUAUUGUGCAUGACGAGUUCUUUUACAAAUUUUUAUGUUUUUUAGUGUUUUAACAUAAUUGAUUAGUAUAUAUCGUUUCCUAUAGGAUUAAGACUGAAAAUGCAUGGAAGAUUGAAAGUUCGUACAACCGAAGAGCAAAGGCUCUUGAAAGAAAAGGAACAACAAAAGAAAUUAACUGCUUAUCAAACAGGAAUGAAACAGAUAUUAUCCACACGUAAUCCCACAAGUUAUGAUCCAAAAAGUUUUGCUAUAUCUGCACAAUUACUAGUUGUAAACCCUGAUAUUUACACCCUAUGGAAUUAUAGAAAAGAAGUGAUCCUUUUAGAGCUAGAUAAAAGUAAAUCAGAAUGUAAAGAUACUAUUAUUGAUAAUGGAAUUUGUGAUGAAAAAUCACAAGAAAGCUUAGACGUUACAAAAGGGUUAAUUAAAUUUCUGGAAAAUGAAAUUAGAUUGACUGAACAGUGUCUACUGGCUAAUCCAAAGUCCUAUGGGUCUUGGCAUCACAGAUAUUGGAUUAUGGAGCAUCAUCCAGAACCUAAUUGGCAAAAUGAAUUUGAGCUUUGUACCAAGUAUUUAACUAUGGAUGAUAGGAAUUUUCAUUGCUGGGACUAUAGAAGACUCAUACUGAAUAAAAUUGGAAUGUCUUUGGAAGAUGAAAUUAAAUUUUCAACUGAAAGAAUUAAUGUAAACUUUUCAAACUAUUCCUCUUGGCACUAUCGUAGCACAUUAAGGAAGUUAGACAAAGACAGUUUGGAAUCAGAAAUAAAUUUAAUAAUGAACGCUAUUUUUACUGAUCCUGCUGAUAGCAGUGCAUGGUUUUAUUUGCGUUGGGUUUUGAGUAAUCCAGAAAUGACUGAAGGACAUAGAAAGCAAUUAAGCCAAACUUUAGAUCAACUUCUCGAAUUGGAACCAGAUAGUAAAUGGUGCCUUUUAGCAAAGUGUUGGAUUAAUGGAAUUAAAAAAGGGGAGAACAUGAAUGAGGAUCAAAUAGAAGAACUCACUGAAAAUUAUAAAAAACUUUUGAUAUUGGACCCUUUAAGAAAAGGCUUCUACAGUCAUUAUUUAAAUGCUUUAGAGAGUAAAAAACUGAACAAUGCAUAAAUUAUUUACAUUUUUGUAAUACGUAUCUAUUUUGUAAACAAUUAGGGCACUAAAUUUUUGGAACACUAGUAUAUUAUAGUACAUUACAAUAUAUAAAAUCAGCCUUAAAUGUACUAAUAUAAAAAAUAAGUGUUAUAAAACAUUAUUGAUAAAGUAAACCUAUUUAACGUUCUGUA